AUGGCUGGAAACGAUGCCGUGGACUGCCUCUCUAGUUACUCCGCUGUGGCCGGGUUACUCACCAAGAAAGUGGUGGUAGUACACCCGAUUGUGCUGCUUUCUGUGGUCGAUCACUACAACAGGGUUGCAAAAGGUACAAGCAGGCGGGUUGUCGGUUGCAUUUUGGGCGAGGCUGUCGGAGAUGAAUGGCAUGCGACAAACUCCUUCGCCGUGCCGUUCGAAGAAGAUCCCAAAGAUCCAGCCGUUUGGUUCCUAGACAGCGACUAUCUCGAGCAACUCUUCAUUAUGUUCAAGAAGGUAAACACAAUGGAGAGGAUUUUAGGGUGGUACAGCACUGGCACAGCCGCAAAGCCUCAAGAUCUCGACAUCCAUGAAAUCUUUAGGAAACAUUGCCCUAAUCCGUUCUACAUGCUGGUAGACGUCGAGCCGAAGGAUAUGGUGGUGCCUGCCAAGGCGUACUGCACGAUCGAAGAGCCAACAAAUUCUAAAGCCUUUCGGAAAUCCUUUGUUUAUGUUCCCUGCACUAUUGGGGCAUACGAAGCUGAAGAAGUCGGAGUGGAGCAUCUUCUAAGAGACACGAAGAACGCUUCCACGUCCACUUUGGCCACUAAGGUGGGCGAUCAGCUAGAGACACUCAAGAUGCUCGGACGACGCCUUCGCGAGAUCUCAGCCUAUCUCGAGGACGUGGCUAGCAACAAGCUGAAGCCUAAUCCGACUAUCAUCUACACGAUCCAAGAGAUAUUUAAUCUGCUUCCCGACAGCUCCUGCCCGGAGCUUCAGAAGGCAUUCGCAACGCAAACCAACGAUAGCAUGAUGACGCUUUAUCUAGCGAGUGUGGUGCGCUCCGUGCUGGCACUGCACAAUUUGAUCGACAACAAAAUCCAGAACAAGAGAGAGGCGGAGCGGAAGGAGAAGGAGUCGACGAUGGCUGAAGAAGAAAAGCAAAAAAAAGCUGCUGACGCAGACAAUCACUCGUAA